CAAUUUUCUGCAAGUUUGUGCACAGCAGUGAUGAACGACUCUGUACUUUCCCCUUCCUGUUGCCGUCUGGAGUUAAACUGUGCUCUUUCAAGAAUUACGUUGUUUUCCUACGUAAUGUUUGUCAAAUGCCUCUUUGACAGUUGCAUAUUUCUUUUUAUCUGCAUCGCACAGUGGUAAAACUGCCAAAACAUCAUCAGCAGCGUCUCCCAUAGCGUACAGGAGUGCAUUAACUUGAUACUCGUCUGAUUUGUUAUCAAGAGCAGUUGCAAUGCGAAAUCUUUCGAACCUUCUGAUCCACUUUGGCCAUUCGGCAGGAUGAGAAAAGUCAAACGUUUCUGGGUACCGUGGUCGCCAUCGUGACGUGUGGAUCCCUGGCUUCCUCGCGUUCAGAAUCCAAGCUUUCCGGUGCGCCGACCUCGUCUCCUCCCUCCGACAUGUGAGGCUCGUGCUCGACCGCGCGCGCGCACGCGCCCUGUUGCUAGCGCCGGUCACAGCCUCGGCCGCGCUUCACCUGCAUCCCGGUCUUGUUCGGGUUACCGAUGCGAAAACUUCUCUCGCAGUUAACUGCACCUUACUGUACUCGAAAAAGAAGAAGAAAAAAAAAAACAGCGGAGACCGCCGUUCGCACUUCUGACACCACGUAUAAAUGAUGACACUGGACGCAGCGUGUUCGGGUGAUGUUUUCCAACUUUACUCGUAACCCGGAAGCUCCCCCCACACACAGCCUUAUGGGAACAGUAGUAUACCGCUACCUGAGGCACAUCCCAAAUCUGCCCUGUUUCAUUGCACAUAACAGAUUAGCUGAGCUGCAGCAGCGGUCACCUCCAUCGCUGAUUUCUUUGGCCGGAGGAGCUCCUAACUCCAACACCUUCCCCUUCCAGUCAGCGUCCAUCAUGGUGAAGAACGGGCAGACAGUCACCUUCGAUGAGGAGGCGAUGAAGAGAGCUCUGCAGUACUCCGCCUCUAAUGGAAUACCUGAGCUGCUGACGUGGAUGAAAAACCUGCAGAAGAACCUCCACAACCCGCCGACUGCUAGCUACAGCCCUGAGAGCGGGCAGAUGGAGAUGUGUGUGACGACGGGGAGCCAGGAGGGGCUCUGCAAGGUGUUUGAGAUGUUGGUCAACCCCGGAGACAAUGUUCUUCUGGAUGCGCCCACGUAUUCGGGCACGCUCGCAGCACUCCAUCCUCUCGGCUGCAACUUGGUAAACGUUCCCAGCGAUCAGCAUGGCAUGAUACCUGCAGCUCUGAAGGAAGUCCUGUCCCGGUGGGAUCCGUCAGAGGUCCACAAGCCCGGAAGCACCGCUCCCAAAAUCCUCUACACUAUCCCUAAUGGAGGAAACCCCACCGGGGCCUCCAUGACAGCAGAGAGGAAGAAGGAAGUGUAUGAGCUGGCCAGGCAGUACGACAUGCUCAUCAUCGAGGAUGACCCCUACUAUUUCCUGCAGUUUGAAAAGCCGUGGGCUCCCACGUUUCUCUCCAUGGAUGUUGAUGGGAGGAUCAUCAGGACCGACUCCUUCUCCAAAAUUCUGUCUUCAGGACUGAGGAUAGGUUUCGUGACCGGCCCCAAACCGCUCGUAGACCGGGUGGUGCUGCACAUCCAGGCUUCGACGAUGCACACAAGCACCUUCACACAGCUCAUGGUGUCUCAGUUGUUGCACAGCUGGGGACAGGAGGGUUUCCUCCAGCACAUAGACAAGGUGAUUGAGUUUUACAGGAAACAGCGAGAUGCCAUGAUCAGCUCUGCAGACAAAUGGCUCAAAGAUGUAGCAGAGUGGCACACACCAUCAGCAGGCAUGUUCCUGUGGAUGAAACUGAAGGGCAUAGCUGAUACCCAGCAGCUGAUCAUGGAGAAGGCGUUGGAGAAAGAGGUCCUGCUAGUUCCUGGAGGCGUGUUCAUGAUCAACAGUAGUGAGCCCUGCCCCUACGUCAGAGCGGCCUUUUCUCUCAGCACACCGGAGCAGAUUGAUGAGGCUUUGAAAAGACUCUCUGCGCUCAUCAAAGAGGCUUUGUGAUGGUUUAUUCGUCCUUGGCAGAUGCAGGAUUUUUUAAAUAUGUAGUUGAAGGGCUUAGUUUAGAUUUAAUAGUGCGUUCUUAUGACUGUCAAAAUUAUAGUGUUACAAGCCCAAAAUCAGGACCUACACAGAAAAAACUAUAGGUGUGCUGACUGGGUGAAGAAGGUAUCUGAUCAUCUGAGUGAUGCCCGCCUUCCUCAGCUCAGAGUUUGUUUAGCAGACCAAGAAAUCGGUACAGCACACCCUAAACGCUUAAUGAAGUUCUUCUAAAUCUAGUUUUUCCAACUCUAACCAUCACCCAUCACAGAGACGUCAUAAUCUCUGGGAUGAAUUCAUGUUAACAAACAGAUCAUUUUCUAGAAGAAAAAUGAUCCCUUUCUUAGCGAGCAGGAAGUCAGAGAGCUCCGUCUUAACAGUUCUUGAUAUAAUUAUUUUAAAGUAGACCAGAGGCCUCUGCGACAAAGCAAGAUUUAGGUUUAUCUGGGUAACUUCAAGGUUAGCCCUGAGUUUUCUGUACUAUGAAAGUGGUUCACUUUCAUGCUGAAACAUUCAAGCAAGUAAGUAAUACAAAGGGAAAUGGAGAAGGACGAGGUGGAGGGAGGAACAGAAAACGAAACCCUGAAAACACUAAACAUAAAUAAACUAAAACUAGGAACUGAAACCACGUAGAAAAAGCAAGGACUCAACUCCAGGAAAGAAGAAUACAGCAAGACCUGAAGCACCACAUAGCUGAAUCGAAACCUCAGCACAGCAGCAACCUCAAACUAAGAGGAUCAGAAUAUCCAACACAUUAAAAACCCUCUAAAGAAACUCUGACCCCUGGGACCCAAACCAGGGCAAACAUGGCAGACACAGCCUCACUGCUGUAUAAUGAACAAUGGCUACACAAACUCAUUACUGCAUGAGAACAUGGUUUUUAUCUCAUCUGUGAAAUAAAGUAAGGACUUUUUACCUUUUGUA